CAUAAAUCAGCCUUUACACACACUCAUGUGUGAGUACAGCUGACCCUGCUACGUGCGUUUAUGUCGUGAUUAUUUCCUGGCCAGACAAAUCUGUCUACAUUUAAAGAGCAAGAAUGAGCAGUCUGGAUCAAGACCAGCAACUUUAUCCUGGUUGCCGUGACAAAACAACAGUCUCUGGUGAUUCAUCAGACAUCCACGAGCUUUCCAAGCAGCCCCUCCAAGGUUUAAAAUUGGCAUCACAUGCAGUGCUGGAGAAGGCACAGCAGAAUGGCAGGUUGAAGUGCUCUAAAUGUGGAGGAUCAAGGAUGUUCUUUUGCUACACAUGCUGCUCAUUAGUGGGUGUCGGCAUACAAGAAAUUCCCUUAAUCAAGCUUCCUGUAAAGAUAGACAUCAUCAAACAUCCAAAUGAAACUGAUGGCAAGAGUACUGCGAUCCAUGCCAAGAUUCUCGCACCUGAUGACGUCACCAUAUAUACCUAUCCAUGCAUUCCUGAAUAUGAAGAGGAUAAGGUGGUUCUGGUGUUCCCGGGCCCUGGCGCCGUCUCAGUUCAGGACAUGGUGCAGUGUUUACGUGACAGAGGCAGCAAUAGGUCGCAUGACAGCUCUGGUGAACCCUGCCCGAAGAGGCUGAAGAGAGAGGAAGUUCAAGAUGCCACACAGGCUGCCAAGCAGUCGGAGCCGGAGACCACAGAGGAAGAAAAGACCUUGGAGUCAAGGGUGUUUCCCCUGCAAAGGGUGGUCUUCAUCGACAGUACAUGGAACCAGACCAACAAAAUCAUCACAGACGAGAGGCUGCAAGGUUUCCUCCAGGUAGAGCUGAAGACAAGAAAAACAUGUUUCUGGCGCAGUCAGAAGGGUAAACCAGCAACCUAUCUAGCUACUAUCGAAGCUAUUUAUUAUUUUCUCAUGGACUUCCAUCAGCACUGCCUUGCUCAGCGUUACAGUGGAGAGUACGAUAACCUUCUCUUCUUCUACUCCUACCUGCACUCGGUUGUUAACAAAGCUAAGACAUUGGCUGGAAAAUGACCAAAGACUGAACUGUAGCUGAGAAGCAGCUUUGUCUAUCUUUUUGUUCUCUGGCUAAUAUGUUUAGUGUUGUAAGAAAAACUCUGGCAUCUUUUUGUAAGAAUAUGGAAUAAAAGAAAGAGUUGAAAAACGUA